AUGGGUGUUUUGUCAUCGUUAUUUUGUUGCGCCGAGCCAAACGAUGAUUCAGAAGAUAAGGCUCACGGGCAGCAGCAGCAGCAGCAGCAACAACAACAACAACAACAGCAACAAAAACAGCAACAAAAACAACAACAAAAACAACUAGAUUAUGAGGCAGGAAAAAGAAUUACAUCAACAACGACAAAAGUUCAACCACAAAACGUGUCAGUCCCUACAUCUACAAAACAGCCAAAAUCUUCCACCUCGCCGAAUAUUAUACCAAAUGGAACUAUGGGGAAAAAGCCCUUUUCAACGUCUAAUGACCAGACAAAAACAGCACUAAAUGGAGAGAAUCAGGGGCAAGAACAAAAACAAAAACAAAAACAGAAACAAAAGCGGAAACUUAACCCAACAAAAAAGGAAUUUUCAGAUGAUGAUCAAUCUGUAUACGAAACAGAUACAAUCGCAAAUACAAACGGUGAGUCUUCAGAUCAUACUCCAAAGUCCUUGACUAAUAUACCGCCCGAUUUGCAUGAUAAUAAUAAUAAUAAUAAUAAUAAUAAUAAUAAUAAUACUACCUCUACAACAACAAAUUGGGCACCCAAGAAUGCAGGAAAUAUUAUAGCACAAGUAAACCCCAAUGAGCAAUCGGCACAACCACCAACAACACCGCCAUCGGCAGCAGCGGCGGCAGCAGCACAGGCCAGAAAUGAAGAUCUCGACACCGAUAUUGAUGAUUAUGACGAUGACGAUGAGGACGAGGACACGGAUGAUAGAUCGGAAGGAUCUACAUUGGAACUAACCAGAAUUCAAACGGGGCAAGCUCAUAAUCAAGAAACCGGGUUUCUUUUGGGAGCAAAAGCAUCCCCUUUCAACAAAAAGAAGUGCCUUAUAUUAGAUUUAGAUGAAACAUUGGUCCACUCAUCAUUCAAAUAUUUAAGAACAGCGGACUUUGUUAUCCCUGUUGAAAUUGAUAACCAAGUACAUCACGUUUACGUCAUCAAGAGACCGGGAGUAGAUGAAUUUCUACGCAAAGUAGGUAAAUGGUUUGAAGUUGUGGUAUUUACUGCAUCAGUCGCCAAAUACGGAGAUCCUUUAUUAGAUAAAUUGGAUACUUACAACUCUGUACACCAUCGAUUGUUUCGAGAUUCUUGUUACAAUUACCAGGGGAAUUUCAUCAAAAAUUUAUCACAGAUUGGAAGACCUUUAAAAGAUACAAUCAUUAUUGAUAAUCUGCCUGCAUCGUAUAUUUUCCAUCCUGAUCAUUCAAUUCCAAUAAGUAGUUGGUUCAGUGAUCUGCAUGAUAAUGAAUUAUUGGAUUUAUUACCAUAUUUAGAGGAUUUGUCAAAACCAAAUGUUGACAAUGUAGCAUUAGCAUUGGAUAUAUCGUUAUAA